AUGGACGCCAUUUUAGAUUUCAGUAAGCCGCUCGAUGUGCAGCAGUUUGAGCAGGUUGUGACUACCAUGUCCUCCGGUGGUCCGGCGGAAAUUAUGGAGGCGCAGGAGGUUCUGACGCGUUUCAAGGCGAACCCGGAGGCGUUCUUCCGCGUCGACAAGCUGCUCACCGAGUCGCGCAGCACAAACACGCGCUUCUUUGCGCUGCAGGUAUUGGAUGAUACAAUUCUGCAUCGCUGGAACACCCUCUCCACCGACAACCAGCAGGCGAUUCGAAACUUCGUUGUGAGCCUGAUCGUCCGCGAGUGCACGAGCUUUGCCCACAUCCGCCAGAACCGCACUCUGCUGACAAAGAUGAACAUGACACUCGUGUCGAUCGCAAAGCGCGAGUGGCCAGUGCGGUGGCCGAACUUUGUGCAGGAAAUUUCGACAAGCGCGUCGCCAUCCGAGCCAAUGGUGGAGAACAACCUCAAUCUACUUCGCCUUGUAGGAGAGGAAGUGUUUGAGUUCGGCGAAAAGACGCUGACGUCGCGGUGGGUGGAGCGCAAGAAACAGGCUCUGGCGCAGGACUUCCGCUUCAUCAUGGAGCUGUGCGUCAUGGUAAUCGUCAACGCAGAGGACACGGUGCUGCUCCGCACAGCCCUCUCCACGCUGGAGGUAUACGUGCCGUGGAUGACACCGGAGCUCAUAUUCAAUGAGCAGGUGCUGCAAUGCAUCUCGCGUCUUGUCGUCAGUGACGGCAACGUCCGAAGCGAGGCGGUGCGGUGCUUGACAGAGAUGUGCUCUGCUGCGACGAGUAGCGGUGCCGCCGGCGAUCAGCAGGUGCGCUGCAUUCUCGAAACAUUCAAAACGGCGCUCGGGAACAUCAUGAGCGCGUUCCCGACGACCCACUCCUCCGUCAUGGAGCGCGUCGUCGCAUUGUACGAGCAAGGGUCGCUGGUGGACAAGGAGUACGUGGCGAAUUUGAACCUGCUCCUCAUUGCUUUUCUUAGACACUACUACGCAAGCAUAUCCUACGACGACAUGCUGCUCGUCACCUGUCAUGAGAUGCUCGUCGGCAUGAGCAACAUCAACGAAAAGGAGCUCUUUAAGGCGUGCGUGGAGUACUGGUGGUGGCUGGGCGAUCACCUACUGCGGGCGCCCGCCAGCGUUGUGAAGCGAAAUCUCAUGUUGAAGCUGCCGCGGGUUCUCUCCGACGUUCGCUUUGUGCUUAUCCGCCGCAUGGCGAAGCCGGAGGAGGUGAUCAUUGUAGAAGAGGAGGGAGAGAUUCGCCGUCAGCACGUCACCGACGUCGAGGAGCUGCAGCUCUACAAUCUGAUGCGGCAGACGCUGGUGUUCCUCACCCACCUGGACCCGAAGGACACGCGCAAUAUCAUGACCGACCUGAUGAAGCGGCAGGUGGACCGAAGCGAGUGGUCGUGGCACAACUGCAACACCCUUUGCUGGGCCGUCGGCUCCAUCUCCAUGGCCCUCUCCGAACAGGACGAGAGCGACCUCUUUGUGAAGAUCAUCACCGACCUCCUCACGCUCUUCAAGACCAUGAGCGGGAAGGACAACCGGGCUGUGAUCGCGAGCGACGUCAUGUUCAUUGUUGGCCAGUACCCCCGCUACCUGCGCAAUCACGCCACCUUCCUCUCCACCGUGACACGGAAGGUGUUCCAGUUCAUGCGGGAAAAGUUUCCUGGCGUGCAAGACAUGGCCGUGGACACCUUCGUGAAGCUUAGCAAGCAGCUCGACGCCAAGUACGCGGAGGUGAACGGUAGCACCAGCCUGGCAUCAGAGGUGGCGAAGACCUGGAGCUCUAUCACAGAGAUGCUCUCCCUGCAGCAGGUGCAGACAUGCUUCAACGCCGCCGGCUACAUGAUUGCUGCCGGCUCGACGGAGCAGCAGCGCGCGCUACUGCUCGAGACAUUCCUGACGGACACAAACGCCCAGUUCAAGGCGUGCACGGCGUCCGCCGCCGCUGCUGGGACCGCCUUUUGUCAAAGCGAGGAAGCGAUGGUGGAGCUGCUGCACUACCUGCGCGUGUUCAGCAACGUGGCGGACUCGUGCGGCGACGUGUUUGUGUACGAGAUGAUGAUGAUCACGCAAGACCUCUACGGCUUUUACCGCAUGUUCUCCGAGGCGCAGGUGAGGGCCAUCGCCGACGGCGGCGAGGCGGCGCUGCAUCGCCAUGACAUGAAAUACGUGCGCCUUGCGAAGCGUGAGGUUCUGCGCAUUUUUGAGCGCUUCGUAAGCCACGCGACGCAGCUCAAGUUCAUCGCCGAAGCCUGCCUACCGGACAUGUUCUCUGUCGUGCUGCUCGACUACGAGAACGCGAUUGCGGCGGCAAAGGAGCCCGGGGCGCUGGCGCUGGCGACCGCGUGCGUGCGUACCCUAGGUCGGUGUGUCGAGAACAACUGCGAGGCGAUCCUCGACCACACGUUCAACACCACCGUCGCCAUCAUUGCCCAGGACAUGGAGAGUCAUCCUGAUUUUCGCGUUAACCUUUUUAAGCUUCUGCAGGCGCUGAACGCGCACUGCUUCGAGGCGUUUAUCUGCUACACAUCCACACACGAGGAUGUGGUGCUGGGGAUGCUGUGGGCCAUCAAGCACACGGACUACCCGACCAUGUCCACCGGACUGGAAACACUGGACUUGUUUCUCGAGAACGUGUCGAAGUCCGAGUACGCGGAGGUGUUCUUCAAGGCUUACAUGCAGCGCAUCCUGGUGGACGUGAUGGUCGCGUCGAUGGACUCCCUGCACGCCUCUGGCUUCCAUCACCAUGUCCGGAUUCUUCAGAAGCUUUUCACCGUGUCCUCCAUGGUACCGCCGGACACGCCAACGAUUGGCAAAGACCUCAUUCGCGCCUACUUGCUGGACAGCCUCACAGUUAUCCCGACGCUGACGACGACGUCCAUUCUCAGCUUUGUGGAUAUGUGCUACGAGUCCUUCACGGAUGACGAGCGCUUUCGCACCCAGUUCGCCGACUUCCUGAUCGAGGUGAAGGUCUGGGGUGCGGAACAGGAGAACAAGAUGCAGGAGGAGGACGAGCGUCGACAGCGCGAGGAGACUAUUCCGGGCUUUUCAAGCCUGUCCAUGGAAGAUCCGCCGGCAAACUUAUUCACCUUUCUCUGA